CUAGCCAGAGUCCUGAGAUAAGACCAGGUGGUACAGUAGACUAACCUCAGCUUGAAACCAGAGGAAAUAAGACAUUGCGGUGGGACACUAUGUCUGGAGGCACGUACUUCAAGCUGCUCUGUUUGGUGGCUUUCUCAAUAAACACAGAUGCUUACUUGGGAAACGUUCCACUCGCUCUUCCCGACCGGAGAUCAAACGAUGAUUACAUCACAAAAUGUGAUUUUGGUAGCAAUUUGGCAACACUCUGUGAUUGGACCUUGGAGGGACUCGGCAAAGAAACAGAUGAAAACCCUCAAGACAUUGAUCCCGUGACCUCAUCGGAUGCUUUUCGUUUAAAAAGCGGGUUUCUGCACAUCACAGACGACUCCUGUCUGGAGAUCUGGUACCAUAAACCCAGUCAGACGAGCUCUGAACUCAAAGUUUUUCUAGCAGAGGAUACUCUGCAGACGUUGCUUUGGAGCUCAGAGAUGGCUAGGAAUGGAGACUGGAAACAAGUCUACAUCCCUCUGAAGAGUCACCCUGACAACAGUGUACAGGUUAUUUUCGAGCUGUCACAAGGCCUGCGAAUAGAGGAUGUCACUGCCUUUGACAGAGUUGGAAUACGGAAGGGACAAUGUGGAGCCCAGUGCCGACCAGGGGCCGAAUAUUGGACAAGCGAAACCACACAUUGCACCUGCAAUGAUGAACAACUCACCUGUUCUCACAUGCCAUGGUCCAAAGUCGACUUCACCUUUGGCACCUGCCAUGUUUCCUCUGAUUCACAUCAUACUUCUUUCGAUGGACUCAAUUUCCUCCUUGACAACCCUUGCACGUACGUGUUGUCGAGAGUCUGUGACGUUUCUGGGUUUCUUCCAGAGUUUUCUGUUGAGGUGAGUAUCGAAAAGAAAGGAGACUCGUCUGUUUCCUCGGUUCAUCAGGUGAUCGUCAACACGCAGGGUCUCAGAGUGGCCAUGCUAGAAAAAGAGAGGAGAAGAGUCAUGGUCAAUGGUAUUUGGAGAAAUGUCCCGUUACACCUGAAAGAUAACACAAUUGUUAUCGACACAGAGGGAAAUGCUUUGGUCCUUCACACAGACUUCAACAUGUCCGUGUCAUACAUGAGAUCUGGUGCGGUUCAGGUUGUCCUGCCAAACCAUUACUCCGACAAAGUCUGUGGCAUCUGCGGAAACUUUAACCAGCUGAUGACGGACGACUUCAAUCUGCCGGAAGGGCUACAGCUAGCAUACACCCUUGACACAAGAAAGAGCUGGAGUCUCAUGAUGUCAUGCGAGGAGCCUAUUAUACCUAGAGUGUGUACAGAGACAGAAGAGCUGGAGUAUUCCAGUGAUCUUUACUGCGGCGUGCUCACAUCCAGACAGGGACCAUUCGCCAAGUGUUCUAUGGUUCUCGGUGGAGAGAGCUUCAUCCAAAACUGCAAGCUACAAAUGUGUACCGCUCAUGGAGAUCCCGAAGUCCUUUGCCACACAUUACAGACCUUCAGUGAAACAUGCAAUAAAGCUGGGAUCACGGUUCCUGCCUGGAGGAACUCGACGUUCUGUCCUUUGGUGUGCGGAACUCACAGUCAUUACAAUGCCUGUGUCAGCGGCUGCCAAGAGACCUGCUCUAGCCUGGAUGCUGCAGGGACUUGUGGGAUAUGCGAAGAACGCUGUGAGUGUGACGAUGGCUUCCUGCUCAGCGGAGGAACGUGUGUGCUAGAAGAGGACUGUGGAUGCUGGGUAAACGAACAGCAUUAUGCGAUCAGAGAGACAUUUAUGGAGGGUGACUGUAACACACUGUGCGAGUGUCAGGGCCACGGGAAAAUUCACUGUUCCCCUGUGUCCUGUCUGGCCGGUGAAGUGUGUAUGGUUCAGGACGGGAUCAAGGGCUGCUUUCCUUCUAGCCCUGUGACCUGCAGUGUCUACGGUGACCCCCAUUACAUCACCUUCGAUGGCAAGGCCUACUCCUUCUGGGGCACCUGCAACUAUACAAUAGUAAAAACAUGUGGCCCAGCUAACACCCAGUUCACUUUAACCACAAGAAAUGAAGGGAGAGAGAAUCCCACAAGCUCUUCUCUUAACUCUGUAGCUCUCGACAUGGAAGGAUUCCACCUCACCAUCAGAAAGAACAAGCUGGUUUAUGUAAACGGUGCUCGGGUGAAUCUCCCUGCGGACUUUGGUUCCAUUCAUUUGUCUCAGUCGGGACCCUACGCUCAAGUUGAUACAGACUUCGGUGUGCGUCUGGUGUUUGAUGGAAGUUCCAGGCUGUUUGUGCAGGUGGAUGAGCGCUACAGAGGGAUGCUAUGCGGCCUGUGCGGUACUUACUCCGGAAGUCAGUUCGAUGACUUUUUAACUUCCGACGGAAACAAUGUAGCGGAUCCGCACGAGUUCGCCAGCAGCUGGAAUACAAAUGACAACUAUUGGCUGUGCAGCAAUGGCUCUCCAGACCCCACUGUGUGUGACUCAGACCUGGAGAAUGCUGCAUACACAGAGUGCAGUGCAUUGUUUGGAGAUGUUUUCACAGAAUGCCACUGGUUUGUUCCACCUCAGAUCUACGUAACAAGCUGCAUUACUGAUUAUUGUACUUACCAGGGGGAUACAUCUCAACUCUGCACCUCUUUUGAGGACUAUGUGUCUGCCUGUGAGGUGGCUGAGGUGUUUCUAACAGACUGGAGAAAUCACACUUUCUGUGAUUUGGAUCCUUUACUACCGUCAACAAAUGCACCCAAACCAACCUCGCUGCCUGAAAGCUGCAGGUGGAGCUGCAACUUUGACCAGGAUGAUUGUGGGUGGGAACAACUCAUCCAGGACAGUUUUGAUUGGACUAGAUGGUCGGGGUCUACGCCAUCAGAACUCACCGGGCCGACCGGUGACCACACCACAGGAAACGGCUUCUACAUGUAUAUUGAGGGAGACAGUGUGCUUCAUGGUGACUCGGCCCGUAUGAUGACUCCUGUCUGCUACACCUUUGAAAAGCAGUGUGUGAGUUUCUGGUAUCACAUGUAUGGUCCAGCGAAUGUUAUGGCACUCAACCUUUACCUGUUUGAGAACAACCGCGCAGUCAAACUAUGGUCCAAAACCAAUAACCAAGGCAACCGCUGGUUCCAAGCCAAGGUUGAAAUCAAACCACAAGCAGCUUUUCAGAUAAUCGUGGAGGGCAUUAGGGGUUCAGAUCCUCGCUCAGAUGUGGCCAUAGAUGACGUGGUCAUAAGGUAUGGUGAAUGUGAAGAUAUUCCCGGAGAUGACUUUGACACGACCACUCUGGAACCCCCUCGGACUAGUUCAAAUUCAGUCAUCCCCCAUCCAGUUUGUGGCCUGAACUGUGAUUUUGAGAGUGAUAUCUGCAGUUGGACUCAGUUGCUGACUGACGUUUUUGAUUGGACAAGACAGAUAGGCUCCACCCCAACAUUAAAGACUGGUCCUUCCUCUGACCACACAACAGGAAGUGGCUACUACAUAUACAUCGAGGGAGAUAGUGCCACUCACGGUGACACGGCACGCCUCCUCAGUGCAGAAUGCACUGACAUUCAACCCCAGUGUCUUCAGUUUUGGUACCACAUGCACGGUGCUAGCAGCACCAUGGGGCUGAGCGUCUACCAGUUUGAGGGUAAUUUGGCCCAGGAGGUGUGGAGGAGGAGAGAUAACCAUGGAGACAUGUGGCAUCAUGCGCUGGUGGAUCUGAGGCCGACUGUUAAGUUUCAUGUGAUCUUUGAGGGGCGUAGAGGAAGCACAGCCCUGUCAGAUGUUGCCAUUGAUGAUGUCUCUCUGCACCGUGGAACCUGUGAUGAUUUAGUAAACCAGGUGAAACCAACAACUCCAGGCCCGUUGCCACCAACAGUGCAUACUACAGCCAGACCCAUCCAAACUACAUCUGCAUCUGUUGAAACUACGUCCAGACCUACCCAAACCACAGCUGAACCUGUUCACACUACUACCAGACCCGUCCAAACCACAUCUGAACCCGUCCAAACCACAGCUGAACCCGUUCAAACUACUACCAGACCCGUCCAAACCACAGCUGAACCCGUUCAAACUACGACCAGACCAGUCCAAACCACAGCUGAACCCGUUCAAACUUCGACCAGACCCGUCCAAACCACAGCUGAACCCGUUCAAACUUCGACCAGACCCGUCCAAACCACAGCUGAACCCGUUCAAACUUCGACCAGACCCGUCCAAACCACAGCUGAACCUGUUCAAACUUCGACCAGACCCGUCCAAACCACAGCUGCACCCGUUCAAACUACGACCAGACCUGUCCAAACCACAGCUGAACCCGUUCAAACUACAAACAGACCUGUUCACACCACAGCUGAACCCGUUCAAACUACGACCAGACCCGUCCAAACCACAGCUGAACCCGUUCAAACCACGACCAGACCCGUCCAAACCACAGCUGAACCCGUUCAAACUACGACCAGACCCGUCCAAACCACAGCUGAACCCGUUCUAACUACGACCAGACCAGUCCAAACCACAGCUGAACCCGUUCAAACUACGACCAGACCCGUCCAAACCACAGCUGAACCCGUUCAAACUACGACCAGACCCGUCCAAACCACAGCUGAACCCGUUCAAACCACGACCAGACCCGUCCUAACCACAGCUGCACCCGUUCAAACUACGACCAGACCCGUCCAAACCACAGCUGAACCCGUUCAAACUACGACCAGACCUGUCCAAACCACAGCUGCACCCGUUCAAACUACGACCAGACCUGUUCACACCACAAAUGAAUCUCUCCAAACUACAGCUGGACCUAUUCAAACUACAGCAUCAACACCCUCUUGCCCCAUAAACAGUCAUUACACCGACUGCAUUCCUGCCUGCGAGCCUACAUGUUCACACCUGCACGGCCCGCCGAACUGUAACACAGAAGAGCCGUGCGUGCAGGGGUGUGUGUGCGACGACGGCUUUGUGCUUAAACAGCGCACGUGCGUGCCCAUCAGUGAGUGCGGUUGCAAAGACAGUCACGGCAAUAUUCACAGCUUUGGUGAGGUCUGGUAUGGCAGCCAUUGCUCACAGAGAUGCGAGUGUGAGGACGAUGGGGAGAUAGAAUGUGAAGAUUAUGAAUGUGAUGGAAAUGAGAUAUGUCACGUGACUGAACAGGGGCAGCAUAUGUGCCAGAAAGCUGCGUUCAGCAAAUGUACAAUCGAUGAUGACCCGGAGUACAGAACUUUUGACAAGAUGAAGCACAAGUUUAAAGGCAAAGAUUCCUACAUCCUGGUCCAAACCACCAACCUCCCCAGCAACAUCCCCGAUGUUUAUGUGGUCACGGUCAACAAAAAAGUCAAAGACAAGAGCAGCGAGGAAGACAGCAGUGAGGAGGACGAUGAUGAUGGUCGUCUGCGUGCUAUCAGAAUCAGGGUCUAUAACCACACAGUGGACUUUAAAAAGGGCCGUAAAAUUAUGGUAGAUGGUUUAAGCGUUCAAGCUCCUAUCUCCCCCUCCGGAGGAAUCAAGAUUUGGGAUCGCUCUUCUCGAGUUUUUCUGAAGACUGACUUUGGCCUGUUUGUGGAGUUCGAUGGCAAACACAAGGCAGAGAUCACUCUUUCCCACGUGUAUAAAAUAAAGAUCGGAGGUCUCUGUGGAAAUUUUGACGCUGUGGGGAAAAAUGACAUGAUGAAGCCAAACGGGGAGCAGGCAAGGAAUGUGAAGGAAUUCGGAGAGAGCUGGAGAGUGACAGACAGACGGAGGCAGUUCAUUCUUUAAGAAAAAUUGCUUCAGGAGCUGAAAGAUUCGCCAUCAGCUAUCCAGCAUCUGACAUCAGUAUGGACUUCCUUACUAAGCUGACACAUUACUUAAACUAGCUAGGGGUGUUUGUGUGCAACAUAUUCAUUUCUUAACAUGUCUUACAAAAAAAGUAUUCCCAUAAUUAUAGAAUGCCUCUAAAUGAACAGUAACAUGCAACUACUCUUAUGUUUGGGGCUGAUAUCUUAACACCCAAAUUGUUAAUGAAUAUUAAUUUGUUAGGAAUGUUUAUUUUAUUUGAAAAUGAUAAAUAAAGUUAGAUGUACAGGGCUGUGUUUAAAGUCAUCAUGAACUGUUGCUGUGAUUAUUAUAAAUGAUUUAUCAGUGCACAACAUCUUUUUUUCAAUUGAUUUGCACAUGUUAUCUUUAAUCAAAAACAUUAUGCUCCUCUCCCCCUCUCAACAACUCUUCAUCACAUGAUGUAAGCAACAAAAAAAGAAGUAGGAAUACUGACGUUUCACUGGUUUGUUCGUCACGUAACGGAAAAGAAGUCAAUCGCAACUUCUGUUUCAUGGUGACUAGGGGUCAUGUUAAGUCCACUAAUGGCUUUCAAAUGCAUUUAUAACUUUGUUACAAAUAUCCAUGUGAUCUCACAGAGGAAAGACAUUUUGCACUUUAGGUUAAUAAAGGUUUUAAUUGCCCUCUUCAUUUUUA